AUGCCCGCUAAACUUCGGUUACGACACCCCAAAGGCGUUUCUACCCUGACUGUAGACUUGGAAUCUCCUGAUGCGACUGUACAAGACUUACUGAACCAGAUCUUCGGCGUGUCCGAGAUCAUGCCCUCACAGCAGGAACUCAAGAUCGGCUAUCCUCCAACUGCACUGGAGGCCGUCAUUCCCGAGCUACCUCUGUCUAGUCUUGGUAUCAAGAGCGGGGACCAGAUCAUGGUGACGCAGAAGUCUGGAGCGCCGCCCAUUAACCAAAGCACUCGUCCCACUGCACCUCCGCUUCCAGCUGAACCGCGCGGCGUGAAUACCAAUCCACCUGCUUCUCUACCGCCACCAUCUGCGCCGUCCUCUAAUAAGAGUGGUCUUGAAUAUGUCUCUGUCGAGGGAGGAUACCUUGUUCACCGCAUUGUACCGGAUGACAACUCUUGCCUGUUCGCUUCGGUCGCUCUUGUACUCGAGCAGGACAUAGGAAAGGCACAGACAAUACGCAAGGUCGUCGGCGAUGCGAUCCGCAAGGAUCCUGGAACAUGGACAGAAGCCAUGCUGGGUCGUCCACCGGAGGAGUACAUUCGCGUGAUCACCUCCAAGGACUCUUGGGGCGGCGCCAUCGAGCUCUCUAUCCUUGCGUCGUACUACUCCACGGAGAUCGCAUCUAUCGACGUCGAGACCGGCCGAAUCGACAACUUCACGCCCACCUCGGGAGUCUCUUCAGGCAACUGCGUACUGCUGAUCUAUUCCGGGAUCCACUACGACGCCGCGAUUCUCAAGCCUGCGCUGGAUGUACCAGAUGACUUCAGUACGACCGUCUUCAACUCUGGCAACCCACAGAUCCUGGCAGCACUCAAGCAGCUCGCCGACAAGCUGCGCAAGAAGCGCAUGUACACGAACACGGCCACAUUUGACCUGAAAUGCGAGGAUUGCGGACAGGGUCUCAAGGGGGAGAAGGGAGCAAGGGAACACGCAAGCCAAACAGGGCAUGUACGUUUUGGAGAGUAUCAUUAG